GUUCCGCAAUUCUAGUCUGUUUUGACGUUGUUGAAAGAGCUCUUCAAAGCAACAUACGGAUCCAUAAGCAAGUCAGCGUUCUGCUCACCGAAGCAAACCAGCAGACAAAAUGGCAUCCGACUCUCCACGCAGACAUAGUCGCUGUGCUGGAGGGGUUCUGGUGCGAGCACAAGCUGCUACUGAGCAGUCUUACAUGGAAAGUGUUGUGACCUUCCUGCAGGAUGUGGUCCCCCAGGCAUAUACCGGAGCUCCACUCACUGAUGAAAAAGAGAAGAUAAUUUGGGUUCGAUUUGACAAAGCUGACGUCAAUGAUACUGCCCGCAAUCCAGAGUUUAUGGAGAUGCACAGUGGUACUACCGACCCUCCUCUUUGCCUCAUGAUUGGCUACGCUGACGGGAUGCAGAUCUGGAGCGUAUCUUUGGCAGGGGAAGCCCAAGAGCUGUUCUCAGUGCGCCAUGGUCCUGUGCGAGCUGCUCGCAUUCUGCCAGCACCUCAUAUCAGUCUUCUGAAGACGGACAGUUUUGCCGACAAGAGGCCUUUGUUGGGGGUGUGCAAGAGCACAGGGUCUUCUGGGACAAGCCCUCCCUACUGUUGCGCUGACCUGUAUUCUCUGAGGACAGGGGAAAUGGUCAAAUCAAUUCAGUUUAAGACGGCCAUCUAUGAUCUUCACUGCAACAAACACAUUCUUGUUGUGAGCCUACAAGAGAAGAUUGCAGCAUUUGACAGCUGCACCUUCACUAAGAAGUUCUUUGUUACAAGCUGCUAUCCCUGCCCUGGCCCCAGCCUAAAUCCAAUAGCUCUGGGAAGCCGCUGGCUAGCCUACGCUGAGAACAAGUUGAUCAGAUGUCACCAAUCUCGCGGGGGAGCUUGUGGUGACAAUGCACAGUCCUAUACAGCUACAGUGAUCAAUGCUGCCAAAACAUUAAAGACAGGCCUGACAAUGGUGGGUAAAGUUGUUACCCAGUUGGCAGGCACACUACCAGCAGGCACUCCUGACGAGGAGGGCACACCUCACAGUGCGAGCCGCCGCAGCCCCCACAAUCCCGGUGUGGUCACCAUCAUUGACACACACAGUGUUGGAGAAGGACAGGUCUUGGUGAGUGAGGACUCGGAUGGAGAGGGAGUGGUGGCUCACUUCCCAGCUCAUGACAAACCCAUAUCCUGCAUGCAAUUCAACCCCAGUGGGAUGCUGCUGGUGACUGCCGACACUCUGGGCCACGAUUUCCACGUCUUCCAGAUUCUCACCCACCCAUGGGCGUCCUCACAAAGCGCCAUUCACCAUCUCUACACCCUGCAUCGUGGGGAAACUGAGGCCAAGGUCCAGGACAUGUGUUUCAGUCAGGACAGUCGCUGGGUAGCCAUCAGCACUCUCCGUGGCACGACCCAUGUAUUUCCCGUCAACCCCUAUGGUGGUGCAGCCUGUGCUCGCACGCACAUGUCCCCACGGGUGGUCAACCGGAUGUCUCGCUUCCAGAAGAGUGCUGGCCUGGAGGAGAUUGAACAGGAACUAAACAGGGUGGCUGCGUUAGGAGGAGGAGCUGGUACAGGAGGCAUAGGAGGGGGUGGCUGCAUCCUAGGCGGAGGAGGUGGCAUCGGGGGCCGCUGUAGCCCCAUUCCUGGCCUGUCCAGCAGUCCCUCAGGGUCUCCACUGCACGCCAAGCUGAGCAGCCAGGAUUCAUACAACAACUUCACCAAUAACAACAUGGGGAAUCCGCGACUGACCCCGCUGCCCACCCUCACUGUGGUGCUGCCUUUGGCUCAAAUUAAACAGCCGAUGACCCUGGGCACCAUCACCAAACGCACUGGACCCUACCUCUUUGGGGCGGGAUGUUUUGCCAUUAAAACUCCAUGCAAAGUUAAGCCACCCCCUCAGAUUUCCCCGAGCAAGUCCAGUGGUGGAGAGUUUUGUGUGGCCGCCAUUUUUGCCUCGUCUCGCUCCUGGUUCAUCACCAACCCCAACAUGAAAAGGGACAAAGAUCAGUCCAGACAGUCGGUUGUCGACUCGCUGUACAUCAUCAGUUGCUAUGGUAACUUGGUGGAGCAUGUUCUGGAGCCCCGGCCAAUCAGCACUGCUCAAAAAAUUAGUGAUGACACACCUUUGGAGCUUAGCACCUGUCCAAGGGCCUGCUGGACUCUGGCCAGGACUCCACAGUGGAAUGAGCUGCAACCACCCUUCAACUCCAACCAUCCCCUGGUGUUGGCCUCAGACCUGGUGCAGUACUAUCAGUAUCUUUGGGCUGCGAUGCCCCCAGGAAGUCCAGGCCCAAUCACCCGUCAUGAGUCGUCAGACAGCUUGGCAUCAGACCACAGUGGUCAGGAGGACGAGGAGUGGCUCUCUCAGGUGGAGAUUGUGACCCAUACAGGGCCCCACCGGCGCCUGUGGAUGGGUCCCCAGUUUCAAUUUAAGACUAUUCACCCCUCAGGUCAGACCACAGUCAUCUCCUCCUCCUCCUCAGUCCUUCAGUCCCAGGGCCCCACUGAUGUCCAACAGCCCCUGUUGGACUUUGACACAGAUGACCUGGACUUACACAGCCUGAGGAUCCAACCAGUUCGUUCAGACCCAGUCAGCAUGCCCGGUUCAUCACGGCUGGUGGCUGAUCGUAGAGGACAGUCUAACAUCAUGGACGCAGGAUCAGGUUAUUCCUAAAAAGGAAGCUCCUCGCUCUGCAAAUUACCAUUACAAUUGUUUUUCUUUUUUUAUUAACAUUCUUUUCCUCACAAGCAUGCCUAUCAUUUUCAUUGCCCCUUCAUCCAUCCAUCCAUCCAUCCAUCCAUCCAUCCAUCCAUCCCUCUCUCCCUCAUAACCCAAUCAUUGUUUUAUCAUUGGUGUGAGAGAGAGAAGAGGACAGGCGAAAGGAGAAGGAGGAAGAGAGGAAGAUGGCCGGCUUUCCGCUUGUCUGUCUUUCUGUUUGUCUCUCUCAUUUUUGUCCAGGUAUGGCCUCAAUGGAGGUUGCCCUCCCAAGUCCAUUUGAUAAUAAUGCGUAGGCUAAUAGUUUAAAAACAUUCUAAAUAAAAUUCCAGUGAAAGACUGAAUAACAACACAAUACCAAGACCAUAUCAGUAUUACUUUUUAACUCAAUAACUGUCCUUAAGAUGCUCUCUCCACAGAGCUGGAUGUCAUAACAUUAACUGUGGAUGAAGGCUGUCGAGCUUUACAGCUUUGUUCACCACGGUGCUCAUUAAAACCAAACAGUUGUUGAUUUCUUUCGGCGGCAAGUGGGCCAGUAUGUGUGUGUCACUGCCCAACCUAUUGUCUGUUACUGAUCUUUUUGUGCAUUGCUGUGGGUGAUCACACAAUACCAGUGUUGUCACUGUGUCAUGGCAUAGGGAGCACUGGAGAAAUAAUGUGUUGUUAGGUUGAGGAUAAUUUUUUGGCACAAAACCUUUCGGCUAAACUAGCUACUUACAGGCUCUAACAUGGGUUAUAGGUUUGAUUCGAACCCAGUGAGUUUGACUUGUUUUGUAUAUUGAAACACAAAAUAACUUACCACAAAGACUUGGAGAUGACAUAACAGAGGUUAAAUGUGCUGAGAUCAAGUGGACUAUGUGGCCUGAUACAUGGUAAUGUACUAAGUAUGUUAUGAUAAUAAUGUACAGCUGUGUUGUUUGCCGACUAAAAGAGGAGGGGGAAAGGAGAUUAAGUCAUUUUUAUAAUUUAGCCAUCGUUUCGACAUGACAUUUUUUCGACUAUGACUAAGUGAGGAUGUUUGGGGUUUUUUUGGUGUUAACAAGCAGGUGGACUUGCUGUAGGGGGCACUGGAUCUGUAUAUUAUAUCAUAAUUUCUGUAAGCCCUAAGGAGGGUGAGUGAUCAGUCAUUUUUAGCGCUUAAAAAUAAACACCCACAAGUGUAAGGCCACUAACAAUAAUAUAACAAGAGAAUGAUAGGUCAAACAUUUUAAAAUCUCAUAAAAUAAAUAUUGCUCAAAUUUACAUGGCAAAAUAGUUAUUUAAAUGUAUUACAAAAAUGCACAGUAUCAACUAUUUAGCCAGUAAAAUGUAAUAUGAUGAAGUUAUUAGUUUCCUUCAGCCAAAAUUGCUGCCUCAUAAGAAGCAGUUUCACACUCUUCCCAGUCUUCAGUUAACAAGAGAGACUGAAGCAAAGUGCACUUGGCUCAGAUGUGUCUUGUAUCACAGAACAGUUUUUCUAUGGAGCAACUCGCACAGACAUACUCAACACACUCAGCAGCAUUUGCCCUUUAGUCAGAAAAUGAAGCAUGUUUUAUACAUCCAGCUCAGCAUGAAAUGGUUACAUUAUGAGGGAGGAAGAGCGCUUGUGUCUGCAGAGAACCAAUCAAAAUGGUGUGUGUGGAGCAAGUUGAAGUGUUAGCAUGAAGCCUACUAAAUAACUACAUUAAGUUUUAGUAUGUAGCACAGGAGCAUAUGGAAGGUUUAAUAGUCUGUGUUUACAUCACAAAAUGGAAAAGCAGACGAUUUGGCUUCGAUCUUAAAUAGCCAUCAAUAAUCUCCUCUGUUUCUUGUUUUUAUUGUGCAUUGGUGUCAAAUUAAAUUCCUGUACUUGAGACCCCUCAGUACUGUGCUUUGAGGUUUCAUUUUGUGGUUUAAAAUAACCAAUAAAUCUAUCCUGUCUGUCAUAACCAAUUACAGUUCUUAAAGUUGUAUUUUUGU